ACUUUGUAGAAAUAAUGUUUAUCAUUUGUCAUAUUCAGUGUGGCAUAGAGCUUCUCAGGAUUAGAAUAGAACAGAAAGGCAGCAGUAAACAAAUGGUUAAAAGAGAAAAUUUAAGUUGAAAAUUAAACUAUUCUUGGAGCUACAUUUUUUAAAUUGUGGAUGUGAACAAUGCUCUUCUCCAGACUGAGGGACUGACCACCUCAACACUUUAAGGGUGAUGGACUGAUCACAUCGUCUUCAAGUCUCUUCUGCGUCUAUCAACUUUUCUCUACUCGACUGAAGAAGCCUACUGUGUAGGCGAAACGUUUCGAAAUAAAGAUACCUAACUGUUGCCUAUGUGUCUUACCUAACAAAUUGUGGAUGUGAAGACAAGAAUGAUGGAACACUGCAGUAAACCAUUUGGUCCAUUGGGCAAGGCUGACUCUCAUUGGAAAUAAGUCACUCUGUCUGACUUUUUUGGGUUAUCCUAGGUUCUCUACACAUGCUGCUAAUAAUAACUUUGGAAUCCACUUCAAUCAAAAUAAAUAGAUUCAGAUUUACACAGAUAGACAAUUUAUAUGCAAGAAGAAAAAUGGCAUCGGAUAACAAGUAUUAUAGAGGCCACAAACACCAUUGUGCUGUGAAUGGCGAUGCUGCUUCCAUUGCUGUUCCAGCACUAUUUCAUCAACAUAGUUGUGGUGGCAAGGAUUCUAGAGUGGUUCCAGAAGAUGAUAUACUUCUUCAGAUGGAUCAGGAACUAGACCAGAGGCUUAGCCAACUUCGCAGACUUGGACUUGGAAGAAAAUCCUCGCAUUUCUCAAUGAGUAUGGAGUCCAGCACUCAGUUGAAAAUUUCUCCCCGAGGAUUAGACAGUAAGCCCAGAAGUUUUGUACUGAGUGGGGCCAGCUCAAGUAAUAGCAUUAGGGACAAACAGAAUGUGAAGAUAAUCACUAAUGAUGGACACAUGGCAGCGAAUACAUGCAAGAGUGAUGGUAACUUAACCGGUGGUCCUGAAGCACAAAGUACUCCUAGCGAUGAGAGUGAUGGCUGUUCCCCUCGAUGCAACUCUCAGAGCAAACGCAUGGGAGACAAGUUGAACAGUUCUUCUAGUGUGUGUGAAGGGAAACUUAAAGGAACAAUGAGUGCGCUAGAAAGAAGUGCUGUCGAAGCAGAACUUGUAGGAAAUGUAAAUAAUGAAGUGGAAGUGGAUGAUGACAAAGAGGAGGCCAUAUUUGACGAAUUUCUGGAUCAGUCUACUCGAGUUCGUAUAAGCAUUCUCACCAAGAAGGUGAAGAGCCUAAGUGAGACUCUCAAGCUUUCACAAGAAGAGUGCAAAAGACUUGUGCAUGCAAAACGAGUGGCAAGUGUGGCAUCCUCUGCUGCAGAGACUGAGAGACGAAAUAUAAACAAGAAGGUACAAAAUUUACACCAAGAGAACUCCAAACUCCAAAAAUCCAACAAACACCUUCUGCAGCGUGUCAAGGAGCUAAAUGGGGAAUGCCAGGUGUUGCGGAAGGAGUUAGCUAGCACACAGCACAGUAAGUGUGGUCAUUGUAGUAGCCAGUCAUUCAUCCAAGCCCAGUUGACACGUGCAAGAGCUGACAAUGCUGCUCUCAGAGACCACACAGAGAAACUCAAAAUGAAACACAAGGAGGAGUUGGAUCAGCUACAUGCCUCAGUAACCAGCAGCAAUGCCAGAAUUAAAGAGCUGGAGAGAGAAAAGAGAAACUUCUCAGCACUUGUCAAGAAGCAAGAGCAUCUCAUUACAGUCUUAAAUGAGCAAAAGAACAACAUAGCAGCAGCAAAAGCAGUAGCAUGCCUAGAGGACAGGUUCCUAGCCAUUAUUUCUCCACUACAGCCUCCAUGACUGUGACAGUGUUUUCACAAGUUCUGAGUAGCCAGAAAGAAAAUCUCUUCUAUUCAUAUAUGAUGAGUGAUGCUUCACAGUGAAGUGCAAGUGGCUAGAAGCUUGACAGGUGGUGGGAAAGGUCAUCCCACAGGUCACUGUUGGCACUCAUCUCUACACACACAGUGCCACCCAACAUAAUCAGGUGGCUACACUAUUAGCUCAAGCUCCAGAUGCGUGAUAAAUAUCACAAUGAACAGCGAGAGAAUUUCCACACUCACCACUGCAUCUAGUACUUGGAGAGACAAUGCUGCAUCAUAAUGUGACAAUGAAUCUUUACAUUCAUGCAUCUUGUACACAACUGUAUGAGGUUCACAUGGGCCUCAGAGCUGGGCCAAUAAACAUUUAUCUAUAAAUAUUGCAGUGCUACUGAGCACAAAGCAAUUCAAUGCAACAAAUUUACAGUAUGUAUACACAAAUAACUCUCACAUAGGAGACAAACUUAUCAUGAUGUUUGUCUGACUUGGACCAUUAACUACUUAGUGGUCCAAAUUGGACUGAAACGUCAACACAAGUUUGUGUCUCCUGUGUGCGGGUUAUCUGCAUAUUGUUCCAGUCAUGAUAUUGUGCCGUCUUUUUCUUUAUAGUAUGUACUCUAAUAUUCUCACAACAAAGUACAGUAUUAGACUUCCAAUAAAAAAAUCUUAUGAAUUUACUGCACAACAUAUUUAAUAAAACAUGAAAAUUCUAAUGAUGGCCACUUCAGUCGUAACAAAAUAUUAAAUUACUGUAUUCCAAUAGUGGCAACUUUAUAAAACCAAAAUUCAUCUAAAUACAUGUAGCUUGAUUUUAUUAAUGAAGUGUGUCAUAAUUUUGUUGUCCUGCUUUAAGCAUUCAAUGCACGAAAUAUUUAAUGACAUACGAAUAAUACAGAAAGUGCCGACAGAUAUCCAUUUUAUGAAAUUUUUUGCUAAAAUUUUUUGAAAACUUUCAAUGCUGUUUUGUAAUUAAUCUGGGUAUAACUUUUUACUUAACUGCAAUUUACCCAAUAAAUGUUGCUAAUCAUUGAUAUGGAGUCAUGCAAUCACUACUUCUCUAAGUAUUGUGUUAAAGCAAAUAAUAAACCUGAACAAUGAUACUCUCUGUCAGUCACAGCUAUCAGUAACUAACAGAUAAAUCUCUAAAAGGAAAAAAAACACUUUUCUUGACUUGUAUACAGUAAAACAAAUAUGUGAAUUCACUUAUACUUAUGAAUAAAUGAUAUGGCCACAACUCUGUGUGAAAGGGACAUGAGGAAUGGGUAAGUCUCACACAUCCUGCAUGAGACUCAACAUGUAUGAUACACUAUAAACAUAUAUAUUGAAAUAUGAAUGUAUAAAGGGCUGGCCUUACAUCAGGCAGAUUCUCCUAGUCAGCUUUUAAUCUUUGUCUCCUAAGUUUUCACAUGGAAUACCUGUUAUUAGUGAAAGAUUGUGGGAUAUAUUAUUAGUAAACAAUAUUUACUGAAUUAUCAGAGCACGCUAUACGUUCAAUAAUAACUGUAGGUACAACUUAAAAUUGGUUGUGAAGUUCCAAAGUUCUAAGAUCUACAAAAAAUGACAUGUGAUAGAAUAUUUUUAUCCUUUAGCAUUAUUAUAUGCUAGUAUUUUUUUGUAUUAAUACUGUAAUAAAAACUUGUACAUAUACAUAUAUGAACUUGACUGGUGCCUACCAGACAUGGAUGUCCCUGUCAUUCUAUACAUAGGCACAGAUAAGUAUUCAUGUAAUGUAUACAUACAGAGUAACAGUUACACUAUAUUUCCAUGUUUGGGACAUCAGAAUUUUCAAGGCUACCUGUAUGCAACAGUACAGUAAGCAAUUCUUAAAUUUUCAAAUACAUUAAAAACUGUACUAUUUAGAAUUUUAAUCAUUAGCAUCAAUAAUAUGAGAAAUACAAAUCAAUUUCAUUCAGAAUAUAAAAUACAGCACAAGGUAAAGAGUAGUUACUGCCUUGAAAUGUGAAACACUAUUCCAGUACUGUAUCUGCCCACCACUAUCUCUCAUCUUAUUGUAAAUUGUCAUUUACAGUUUAAACUGAAGAUUUAAUUCAUAGCAAUGUGAUAACUGCUUGUAAUUCUUUGACAACUUUCAUUCGUUGCUACUUGAGUAAUUCUUCAGGGACUGCCGAUGGUUAAGACCCAGUGCUUUAAACGUUAUGAAAAUUGUAUCUAAUUACUGUAACAGAAAUUACUUUUAAGUUUUACUGAUUGCACAAGGGUAAUUAAUGUAUUUUCACAGCUAAACCUCAUUAAACUGUAAUCAUCAGACCCAGAAUUCUUCUGCUGCUUAGGCUUUCCAAAUAAAAGUUGAUAAGUUACAGUAGUGGUGCUCAUAAAACUCUAUACUUAUUAGGAAAUGCUUUUUACAUUUUCCUUGCUUUAUGCAAAUGCAAUCCAUGGCAGCUGUGUUAAGCUUAAUCAGGCUGACAAACACUUAAUUUCGCAUAAUUGAGUUCUGGAGGAGGAAAGUAGGGUGCCUGCACUCCGGAGGAGGAGGAGGAGUGACAAUGUUAUGCUUCAGAGGAUCAUUUUAGAUAUGAUGUCUGCACACUUUGGGCAAAUAACUACUGAAUUAAUGAUGGUAGGUUAGAUUAGGUAAGGUACAUCAGGAAUCAGGGCAAGUGUUUCCUGACAUGGGUCUUAGUCAUAUGAUGACCCACAGUUGGAGCUUUUGGUCAUCUGACCGAGGCCUUCUGUUGGCUUACUCCUCCUCCCCUUUGAAAAUUUUGGUUAUAAUUAUAGCCAUUAGAUAAUUUCCAAUAAAAUGCUGGUAAUGUUUCUUAUUUUGGGGUCACCAUACCUUGGUGGAAGACAGCUAGUGGUAAAAAAACACGUUCAAGUUUUGCAAAGAGCACAUCUGAUAAGGUGAAUGCAUAUCACAUAUACAAAAUUAUCAACAGAACUAGGACACUGCACAAUAACAACUUAAUUGGCAUAAAGGAAGGGAGCCUCUAUAUUCACUUAGAUAAGGCAUACAAUAAUACUUAUCAGCCAUUACUGUACUGUACGUAUAAUUAAAUCUAAACAGCAGACACAUUGGCCAAUAAAAGAAUGAAAUACUGUACAGUACAGUAGGUAUAAAAUUAUUUUUUUUAUUAUAUUCCAUCCUAUAUUAGAAAGGUUUUUCAUUAAAAUAUACCAGACUAUUUCUCCUGCCCAGUAUUUUCAUUUAUACCUCAUAUAGUAUAUCCUAUUCUACAUGGAGCAGUGGAACAGAAUUCUUCCUCGUAAGCCAUGCAUGUCAUAAGAGGUCACUAAAAUGCCGGAAGCAAGGGGCUAGUAGCCCCUUCUCCCAUAUACAUUACUAAAUUUAAAAAGAGAAACUUUCAUUUUUCUUUUUAGGUCACCCUGCCUUAGUGGGAUACAGCCGGUUUGUUGAAAAAAAAUAAUAGCAGCAGCAAUAUUCUUAGAUCAAGCACUCUGAUGACAUCUUGAAGUUAUCAGGGUCACUUUUUUAAUUAUCUAGGUCCAACUAUUAAGAGCUUUUUAGUAAAGUGGUUAUAUUGUAGAGUUUGACAAGUUGCUGCCUCUGUUUAUCUGUAUUAAAAUCACAGAGAUUACCACCAAGCUCUAUUACUAUAUGGAGACAAUGGACCAGAGAAAGUGGUGAUUAAUGUUGAUCAAAACACAUUCAGAUAGUAAUUCAUUAUCUUUGGUACAAGUGGAAUUGGCAUGUCUCUCGUACAGCUGUGCAUAAGUUCAUUAUUUUGUUGCGGGCUGCCAAUUAAAUAAAGUUCACUCUCAUUCUUGUUUAACUACAUAGUAUUCCUUAUGUUUGAUAUAUGCAGUGCAGUGUAAGGGUUCUUUUUCUUCUCAUGACUGUGUGAGUUGUGACUUGUGUGUAUAAGAGUAUGAAACAAUCCCAGAAGCAGUGAUACAUAUAUGAUAUUUGUGAUCUCUGAAUCACAAAUGGAAGUUCAUUAAAAUAGAAAGUGUCACCACAAAUGUUUCAAUUUACAACUAACCCACAAAUUGGAAAUAAAAGCCAAACAUUUUCAGCGUCCUGGGCCAUUAACAAGGUAAAGGAAGCCGGAAGUCUGGUCAGGAAAUUGGGAGAUGAAGAGAAAGCUAAAGUCAAAUUAAGUCAUGCAUGUUUUGAACAUUCUAAUAAUUAGCAGAAUGUAUUUAGGGACAAGCAUCUUUAGAAAGCCAGGGCUAAGAUUCAUAUCAAAGAUUCUGUGUGUAAGAGCAGAUUAACAAGAUUGAGUUUGUGAAGGAUCAGAGAAAGAAAUAAUCCUUGAAGAGGACUAAUGUAAGGGAUGGCUAAAGUCUCUAAUAUAACAGAAAAAAGAAAAGAGUUCUUAGUUCUUAGUGUCAGCAAUGCAAAAACACUUCUUUUGCAUUCUUUUGUCUUUAGGAAAGCUUCCAAUUUGUAGAUUAUUUGCGAAUUAUUCCAGGAAUGGUACUUUGAUGAAAUCUUCUGAACUCCUGACUAAAGGCAAAUAUUGUCAUACUUGAGCUUCUCUCCACAGAUGUCAAUGCUAUACUGUAUGUGUACUGUUCUUAUUCACAUUGCAUCAAUAGGUAAGUUGUCUUUAGUUGAAGAUUUUUUUUAAUUAACCUAAGUGUUAAUAACCCAGGAUAACCCAAAAAGCCAAGCAGUGGGGCUCAUUUUUUACUGAAAUCUUUAAGGCCUUUUCCUUAAGAUAUGACUCGUAUCAUCUAACCAGCUUCUAGGAACACCAGGUACAACUGCUAAGGGAAACUGCAAGUUCAUGAAACUUGCCCAUGCAUCUUGCCUCAACUGGAUUCAAAAUGGGUCCUCUUAAAUGUGAGAUGAAUGCUGUAUUGCUAAGCUACAGAAUACAAACUCUGGUGUUGGAGAUGUAUUAUGACUACUGUACACAUUUUAUACAUGAGUACUUCAUAUUUGAUGAAGUUUAAAUUUUUAAAUUUUCUAUACAUAUAAAAAUUGCAUUUCCAUGGGGAAGUGGAACAAAAUUCUUCCUCCAUAAGCCAUGCAUGUUGUAAUUGUAAGAGGUGACUAAAAUGGCAGGAGCAAGGGGCUAGUAACCCCUUCUCUUGUAUACAUUACUAAAGUCAAACAGAGAAACUUAAGUUUUUCUUUUUAGGUCACCCAGCCUUGGUGAGAUAUGGCCAGUUCAUUGAAAAAAAAUAAAAAAUAAAAAUAAAAAUUGUAGUUGUGUUUGUUGUGGUUUUGAUAUUUUUUAGUACACCAAAUAUAAUAGAGGCACCUACCACAAUGGAAAAGAAUCUGAUGGAUGACUGCAAAACUCCUAGAAUAGAUAUUGAGAAACUUAAAAAAAAAAAAAUUAAAACUAAACCUGACGUGAAGUAAAAUUAAAUUAAGCCCAAAUAAAAGAUUUGUCUCAAGUCCUUUGGUGUCAUUGUAGUUAUGUAUACAGUAUUUCUUUGCUUAAUAUAAAUGCUGUUGAGUAGACUAAACA